CGCAACGCAACGGCGCGCGCCGCCUGAGCUGGUCGUCUGUACCUUUGGCUUGCGCCGUUGUUGGCUUGCGCUCGGAGCCUUGGGCCGGGAGCAAGCGAGGCGGCGGGGAGGCUCUCGUGAGCUUGGGGUGUGCCCGCCCGGCCGCGGCUGACCGUGCUGCGGUGCCGAGUCGUGGAGACCCACGCGUCAGUUCCGGCGCCCCGUCCCCUGAUACUAAUCCGCUCGCCCCCGCUGCCGCUGGGAUCGCUGCUGUUUUUUUACGGUUCGAGGCUGAUCCGCGCGCGUGGUUUUCAGCGAAAGCUCAGCCGCUUUCCUCUUCGGGGGCCGCACGACGGCCCCGCGUAAACCUCGCCGGCUUCCUCUCUACCACCGGGCGCUGUAAUUCCCUUCUUGAUUCCCCGGCUGCCUCUUUUGCCGCUGCUUGCCCUGCAACUCCGAAGCUUCUUCCAUUCAUCUCGCGAGCAUCUCUACCAGUUGUGCUUGGUUUUUGCUAUCCCACCGUACAGUUCGCUGCGUUCUUGGCCUUGCGGCUUUUGCCUGCGGAACGAAAAGGUUGUAUGAGGUGUUUCUUGUUCCAGGCUUCUCCUUUGGCUGUUCCAAAAGCUCCUUUUCUCUCAAGCUGGAGGCACAGAUCGUUGUGCCAUCCGCGUCCGAAGUUCGCCGCUUCCUUCGCCUACUGAGAUUUCUCAUCUGAGUGUAGUUUAUUUUUUUUCCACCAAAAAGGUGCAUUUUCAACGCUUGGUUUCUUCUCUGAUUGGGCUCUGAGGGGCUCGUCGCCUGUUUGCCUCCCUUUGCUGUAACGCUUGCCCAGUUGCCCCCCAUUCCUUUCACUGACCGAUUGAUCUGUUCCUCACAUUCUUGCGCGCAGAGAAUUGCAGCAGCAUGAGGCGCGUCGUGCGAUGGCUAAAGCAUCUACUGGCGGGCAGGAAGGAGGAGCACAUAGAACUCCAGGUGAGCCAUGUCGCUACCGAUUGGAGCGGCGGGUUGGGGAGGGAGAAGAAGAGGUGGAGCUUCGCGAAGCACAGGAGGAGCGGAGCUGACGGCGGCGCGCGGUCGUGGGGUCAGCCCGCCGCCGCCACUGCCGCGGCAGAGUCGCCGCAGGGUAGGGCAAAGGAGGAUGCGAGGGCUCGAGAGGAGAAGGCCGCCGUCGUGAUCCAGAAAACUUUCAGAGGCUACCUGGCUAGGAGAGCGCUUCGAGCUCUCAGGUCGCUGGUCAAGAUCCAGGCCCUGGUGCGGGGCUACCUCGUGAGGAGGCAGGUGGCCAUGACGCUGCACCGACUGCAGACGCUCAUGCGGCUGCAGUCCGACUCCAUCGCCGUCAAGAAUGCUUCGCACCGGAAAUCCAUGGAACAAGAAGAGACUAGGAUCUUCGGUCAGGAAGUCCGGAUGAAGCCGCCGGCGACGCCGACGCACCGGCGGAGGCUGUCCGACAGCACGGACUCCAACUACGAGCGCAGCCCGCGGAUCGUGGAGAUGGACACGUGCCACCUCCGCUCCCGGUCCUCCCGUAUGACCAGCCGCUACAACCCGGACCACUCGUCGGAGUACCGCCGCGUCGCGGCGCCGACGCCGUCGUGCUCGCCGCUGCCCGGCGGCAAGCAGCAGCAGCCCGCGCGGCUCUCGUUCCGGCGGAGCACCCCCGAGCGCGACCCCCGGGGCUCCAAGACGGCGCACAGCACGCCCCGGCUGGCGCCGUCCCACGACUCCUCGCCCGCCAAGAGCGCCGAGCACAGCCUGGCAAGCAGCACGCCGCGGCGCGCCUCGCCGCGGGACCGGGACGCGCUCGUCAGCCCGCGGUACAUGGCCGGCACCGCGUCCUCCGCCGCCAGGACGCGGUGCCACAGCGCGCCGAGGCAGCGCCUGACGGUGCCGCCGGCCGAGGCGCCGCGGUCGAGCGUCACGUCGUCGCGAGCGGGGGCGUCGAGGCGGUCGUGCUCGCACGCGCGCGGCGGCGGGUUCUGCGUCCAGUGCUCGGACACGACCCGGACGGCCGGUUGCUCCGGGAUCGGCGCCAGCGACGAGGUGGCCAGAGACUACUACCUGAACAGCUUCUGGUGAUCACACGACGUGAUGCAAAACUGCUGUUUGUGCUCAGAUUGUAGACCAGAUUUGUACAUAGUUGUAGAUGCUAAAACAUAAACAUCUAGCAGGCCACGGCAUGGGUGAAAGGUAACACGGAGCAGUAACACAGGUAUGCAAAUUCUACUUGCGCAA